AUGCAAGAUAUUCAAGCCACAACUUAAGAAUACGAUAAUGGGAAGAAUUCAGGUAAAUACUCUAUCAGAUCCAUGGCUUUACCGAAGAUUUCAAUCGCAAAGUAACUGCCAUAUUUGAGUGGAGUGGAUGAAGUAAGUAUGCCCAAACGCUAUAACAGAUAAUACUACAAGAUCCAAUAACCAACCAAGGAAAAGGAUCUCAUUAAUGAUAAGGAAGUCUUCGGUAGUCUGACAUCUAAUAAUGAAGAACUUUACGAGGAUCGUAAGCCCAAGGAUCUAAUUGGUGAGGAUGCUUAUAGAUCUUAUUACCAUACAUUUAAAAAUAUAAAGAGAAUUUUGGAACAGAACUAAUUCGAAAAUAUUCAAAGUAUGCAUAGAUUAUCAUUGAAAAUAGACUCUGUAUAGACUAAUUUGAUUUAGAGAUCUGAAAGAUUAAGGAUAUUGCCAUGUAAAAUGGGUUUGAUAAAAUUGAAGGGUGAUCGUAAUUCACUUUCUAUACAAAACUAAAAGUUUGGAGAUAAAUAUGUGGAAGUGCUUUCUGAAGGUUUAAGAACACUACCAGCUAUUCAAGAUUUCAAUUUUAAUCAUAAUCGAAUUAAGGAAUAAGGAGCAGCAUAAUUAAUGCCUUUAAUUAGCAAACAGGCUAGAAGGAUUGAAUUCUAAACAAAUUUAAUAGGAGAAAAAGGUUUAGAUUCAAUUUUGAAAAUCCUCCCUUUGUAACAAUGCAAGAUUCAGAUUUUGAAUUUGGAAGACAAUAAUCUAGGAGAUCAAUUAAUUAUUGAAUUAUGUAAAGCAAUAAACAAGAAUCUCUCUGUUGAAACUUUGAAUAUUGCCAAAAAUAAAAUAACAAACAAUGCCCAUCAAAGUUUGAAAUAGUUAAUAGAAUCCAAUGAUACACUUAUGGAAUUGUAUUUGCGUUGGAAUUCUAUCAAAGGUUCUGGUGGGGCAGAGAUCUUCAAAGCAUUAUAAAUUAAUAAAACUAUCAAAGUGCUAGAUUUUUCAUACAAUUUACUAGGAUGCGGAAAUGUUAUUGCUCCAGCUUUAAAGGAUUUCAUUACUGAAAAUAAAGUCAUUCAACAUCUGGAUUUGUCAGCAAAUAGUUUCACUCAAUCGGAUUGCGAAAUUAUAUCUGAAGCCUUGAAAUACAACCACUCAAUUUAUGGGUUUCAUUUCAGAGGCAACUUUGGAUUUGUGGAUUCAAAAGGUUUCUUGAUUAUCGAUUCGAUUAUGAAGAAUUUCAACUCCACACAUAUUGAAUAACGAAUUAGAGGUGUUAUGCCACACCCUAAACCUUAUGAUCACGCCUAGAGAUUUGAGAAAGUUAGGGAUGUCUGUUGGAUAUGUGAUAACUGGUAAAUGGCUACAUUCGAAUGGAUCCCCAAUUAAAGCGGAGCUUGUGCUGAUGAACCUAUCUUCAUUCAUUUUGAUUAUGAAGGCUAUGAUCCUAUAUUUUUAGGGAAACCUGUUGAGCAUGGCCAUUUCAGGACUCAUAGAAUGAUUCCAACUGGAGAUAUUGAAUACUUUUACACUGCCAAUUCUAUCUAAGUUGCAAGUCAAUCUGUUCCUAUAAAAUAACACAUCGAGAAAUUCAGAACUAAAGUUAGCAUAGCUGAUUAGGUUGUGAAUGUGUUGAUUGAUGAAACCAAUAUAGAAUCAUAUUCUAAAUCGAAACCUGUUAUUGAAGAUUGGUAUCCCAAUUAUGAUGUUUUACCAAGAACAUAAGAUCCCAUCUACAUUCCUGCCAAAAGAAAGAAGUAAAAAAGAAUUUGGACAUAUCCAAUCUCUAUAUGGGCUCCUAAGUAUAAAUUUGACACUGAGGAAUUAUUGCGUAAAUGCUUUGAAAGAGAUUGUUUGUUAAAAAGUAAGAAGAACAGGAUUAGGUUUAAAGAAAUGUUAUGGUAAGCUUAUAAACCAAUGAGAGAAACUUAUAGAUUUUAUGCUAGUGUCAAUCCUACAGGGGAUGUAUUUUCAAUGUCUGUAAAUCCAACAUCUGAUUUUGUGAAUCAAUGCCAAUUGAUUGAUUAGAAGUAAUUGAAAUUGGCAGAUGUGGAUCUUAAAUUUAUUGCAACUUGUAGUGCAUCUUCAGUUGAUUACAAGGGUAAUUAUAGAAAUCCAGAGAGGUCAUUGGUUAGAUACCAGAUGAUGGAAUUCUUAGUGAGAGUCUCAGAUGAUAAAUAUAUUAGAUUCAAUCCCUAAAUCAACAUUGUUUAAGCUACUAAAAUGAUGUUAGAAUAAUGUAUGCCACACAUGUCCUAAUUUGAUUCUCAUAAAUGGAGAGCAGAGAGAUACUUUGUAGAAUAAUGUGAUGAUGUAUGUAAGAAAUAUAAGUGGGUUUUUGAUUAUGUUUAUAUGAGAAAUUCAUCCAGAAAGGUUAAGCCAGGUUAAGCACCUUUUAUGUGUUUGGAUGAACUCAAGGAUAUUUGCAAUAAAGCUAAUUUAUAUGAUGAAAAUUUUGUUGAAAGGGAUGUAAAUCUAGCAUUCAAUUUAUCUACACUUACAUAAAUUGAUGAAUUAGAAAGUGAUAGACUAUUUUAAAUGUAAUGGAUCGAGUUUAUGGAAGCCGUAGCUAGGAUUGCAGAUAAGUACUCUCCUAUUGCUCUUGGAAAAAAAGAAGAAAAAGAAUGGACCUAUGAAUUAAGAUAUCAGUAACCUCUAUUCUACAAGUUAGAAGCCUUUAUGGUGCAUUUAAUAAAUAACUUAGUUGAUGAAGAAACCAAAAAGAAUUGGAAAUAACCUACUAUUUCAAUGUUUGAUGAGGUUGAAGAAGAUGAAUAUUAUUGA